AAAAACUUGAGCUACUUUCCUACAACUAGUCACGCAACUUCUCUCCCCCUCCAUUCCUUCCAACCUCUUCCUCAACUUCCCUUCCUUUAUAUUCCCCAUCCUCACACUUCCACUCAUUCACUGAACCAUAUAACUUAUUCAAUAUUCAUUCCCCCCGCCUCUCUUAACAACUUUUUUCUUUCUAUUCCUUUUUCUGCGAUCAUCUCAGACUUCGCCUUUAUAUAUUCAUAAUAAUAAUAAUAAUGGCGGUCUAUGCUCUAAACUCCCCAACAACCCCUCAUUCCCCAUUCCAAUUUGAUUAUCCUUCUUUCGAUCAUUGGGUCAAGAAAAAACGAACUAAACGCUCUCGUAACGAUAUGUCGCCGCCGUCCGCCACCAUCUCCACCUCCACAACCACCAAUCACCGCCUCUCCGAAGAAGAAUAUCUCGCUUUUUGCCUCCUUAUGCUUGCCCAAGGUGGCGGCGAAACGGCUACUCCUCCCACUCUUCUUCCUCCAAACCUAAAUAACACUAAUACCCGACUUGUUUUCAAGUGUUCGGUUUGCGGUAAAGGGUUCGGAUCCUACCAAGCUCUUGGCGGUCACAAAGCCAGUCACCGGAAACCUACCAGGGAAGAUGAUCACAAGCCUUCUUCCUCGGGUAUGAUCACUUCUACAGGAAAAACCCAUCAGUGCUCGAUUUGUCAGAAGAUUUUUCCGACCGGUCAAGCUUUGGGCGGCCACAAACGGUGUCACUAUGAAGGAACUAUUGGUAGUGCUGCUGCAACAAAGAGUGGAAGUGGGACCGUUUCUGAAGGUGUGGGCUCCACUUUUAGUGUAAGCCAUGGCGGUGGUUCUUCUUCACAAAGAGACUUUGACCUUAACCUACCCGCCUUACCUGAGCUCCAACCCGUUGACUUUUUCAAGAUGAGGAAUCAAAGUCAACGAUUUUGUGGUGAUGAAGAGGUUGAAAGUCCACAUCCUUCCAAGAGAUCUCGCCUCACAUUAAUGGAGUAAUUGAGAAUUAUAAUUUGAUUUAUAAUUUUCUUUUUUUUAAAAAAAGCAAUUCUUAGAAAUUGGGAUGGAAUUUUGAUUACCAAUUUUGGGGUAGGAUAAUAAUUUUUAGUUUGCUCUGUUUUUUCUGGUGUACAGUAUAUAAUCUACUAGUAUACUCUUACCAUACUUGCUUUAUACUUGAUUGUAUAAAAGUGAAUUUACUUAAAUAAUACAAUUCAAUUUAUUCUUUGAA